GAGAAGCUUCAAGCACUAAUACUUUUGGAAUGUGAACAUUUUCCCUGGACAACAUAAAUUUGUUUUUGUGGAAACAUAAGCCUGGCUGGGAAUUUGAGAGAUAAUUUAGCUCAUUCGUAUUCUGUUCUUUCAAACUUCUGGGCUUUUCCCCAAAAGGUAAAAGGGGAAGAAUCAGUUGGGUAUGGCUCUGAGUCUAAACCUAAGGUCCCUUGUGCCUGUUUCAAUCAGAGAAAACCUAUUUUUUAUGUUGUGGGUUUUUUUAUAUUGUAAUUUGAGAUUAUAAGAGUUCAUUUGAAGAAAGAGUUCUCCAGAUUAAAAACAAAAAAAUCUCAGAAAUCUUUGGGAAGAUGGACAUCCAUUCUUAAAAAGCAUAUCAACAAGGAGACACUGAGCUGUCACAGUGGGAAAACCUUAGAAUUGGAUGGGAGUACCCGUAAUCAUUAGAUUAACCAAUGACGGAAUUACACUUACAGAAAAAGGAAAUUGCAACAAAGUCUGAUCAGCCUAGGAAGCAAUAGUUCAGAGAAGCAGUCUGAGAGUAUACAUGUUCAUGCUUAAUCAAAGAAUACAGAUGAACCUGAGCAUUUUGGCCAUCAGAGGGUUGUGUAUAGCUCUAGAACUGGUAGAUUUCUUUGGUUUUUUGAGAGCUCUUGUGACCUGCCUCUCCAACAACAUCAUUUAGCAUCCAGUGUUAUGAUUUCCUACUCACCAGAUAGCACUCUGAGUUGUCAGUAGAAUCUCUUAAUACGAGGGAAAGAGCCUUGGAAGAAGUAUGUGCCUGAAAAGAGAUGUUCCUCAUUAUAAAAGCAAGAAAUGAGAAUCCUCUGGGACUUUGUGCAAGCAUGAUUUCUUUUUAGGGAGAUCCAUUCUCCUGAGGCUUCUAAGAAUGGUUUCUAGACUUUGUGCCUGGAUUGUACCCUAGAAAGUGACCUUUAGAAACCUCUCCUGAGGUUUACAUGCUAGACCGACUAUCAAGAAGUUCUUGCAGCCUUGUUGGGACACCUGGGUGGCUUAGUCAGUUAAGCACCUGACUCUUGGUUUUGGCUCAGGUCAUAAUCUCACAGUUUGUGAGUUUGAGCCCUACGUGGGGCUCUGUGCUGAUGGUGCCAGGCCUGCUCGGGAUUCUCUCUUUCCUCUUCUCUCUUUGCCCCUCACCUGCUUGUUCUCUUUGUCUCAAUAAAUAAACUUAAAAAUUUUUAUUAUAAAUUAAAAAAAAAAUAAAGUUCUUGUAUCCUCCUUGACUCUAUGAUGCUGUAGCUUCUGCCUGAGUAGGUAGUAAGAAAAAUAGGUGAGUUUUAGGUUUUGUUUUUUUUUUUUUGUGGCAAGGUUGAUGGUGAACCAGUUGGUAUGAAGGGCGUAGGCCUAAUGCUUAAGAUCUGUUUUUGUUUGUAAAACAUUUUUUUUUAAUGUUUUUAUUUAUUUUUGAAGGAAAGAGAGAGCGUGAGCAGGGGAGGAGCAGAGAGAGAGGAAGACAUAGAAUUUGAAGCAGUCAAGCAGCUCUAAGCUGUCAGCAUAGAGCCCGAUGUGGGGCUUGAACUCACGAACUGUGAGAUCAUGACCUGAGCUAAAGUCGGAUGCUUAACUGACCGAGCCACCCAGAUGCCCUAAGAUAUGUUUUUGUUUUAUUCCAGUAGUAGUAUUUUCUGUUUCAGUUAGAAAAAAAUACUGAGUUGCUUUGUUUAAUAGUCUGGUACUCUAUUGGUUAAUGUUUCUAUAGUAUAAUUUCAAAUAAGAUCUAUAUUUCUGAAUGUGGAUGUUUGCAGUCCCAGAUGACUGGUCUCCGUGGCUACAUUAGCUCAUUUGUGCAGACACGUAGCCUGUUGGCACUUGUUGCAUUGUGCCAGAAAGAUGGUUAUAAAUGGUAGACCAUUUCCUUGUAUAGUUUUGGCUGUUUUGCUUUAUUUCAGUACAAGGCAGAAAUGUUCACUCAGCCAGAAUGAUGCACAUUUUGGAAAUAUGGGUGCUUUUAGAAGUCCUAGUAACUUAUAUUGGUGCCCAUUCAUCAUUCGUUUCUGUUUAAUCAUUAAACACUUACUGUGUGCACAACCCAGAAAAUCCUUCCACUCACGCAAUGUCUGAAUUGGACUCCAAGUAGAAUGACAGCACAGCCUUCGUGAUCUGACAAUCACCAACUUAGGUUUCAACUGAAAAUCCCUCCCUGGUUGGGAGGGUUGGCAUGAUAGGGUACAUGGACAUGUGCCAUCAACACUGUCAGCUAUGUUGCAGCCGAUCCUGACAGAACUAAACUAUACAUCUCCUGUCCUGAGCAAGGAACUGACUAAGGCCACAAAAACUUUGCUGGAUAGUCUUGGGACUCUGGCCCAAGAGCUGUUCAGCAUGAGCAGCUGGAGUGACAUGCGGCAGGAGGUGAUGUUCCUGACCAGUGUGAACAGCUCCAGCUCCUCCACCCAGAUCUAUCAGGCUGUGUCCCGCAUUGUGUGUGGCCAUCCAGAGGGUGGGGGCCUGAAGAUCAAGUCCCUCAACUGGUACGAGGACAACAACUACAAAGCCCUCUUUGGAGGCAACAGCACUGAGGAAGAUGCUGGCACCUUUUAUGACAAUUCUACAACCCCUUAUUGCAAUGAUUUGAUGAAGAAUCUGGAGUCCAGUCCUCUUUCCCGCAUCAUAUGGAAAGCUCUAAAGCCUCUGCUUAUUGGGAAGAUCCUAUACACACCUGACACUCCAGCCACAAGGCAGGUGAUGGCUGAGGUGAAUAAGACCUUUCAGGAACUGGCUGUGUUUCAUGAUUUGGAAGGCAUGUGGGAAGAGCUCAGCCCUAAGAUCUGGACCUUCAUGGAGAGUAACCCAGAAAUGGACCUUGUUCGGACACUGUUGGACAGCAGAAGCAAUGACCACUUUUGGGAACAGCAAUUAGAUGGCUUAGAUUGGACCGCUAAAGACAUCCUGGCAUUUUUGGCCAAGCACCCAGAGGAUGUCCAGUCUGCCAAUGGCUCUGUAUACACCUGGAGAGAAGCCUUCAAUGAGACCAACCAGGCAAUUCAGACCAUCUCUCGUUUCAUGGAGUGUGUCAACCUGAACAAGCUCGAACCGAUAGCAACAGAAGUCCGGCUCAUCAACAAGUCCAUGGAGCUGCUGGAUGAGAGAAAGUUCUGGGCUGGGAUCGUGUUCACCGGAAUCACUCCUGGCAGUGUUGAGCUGCCCCAUCAUGUCAAGUACAAGAUCCGAAUGGAUAUCGACAAUGUGGAGAGGACAAAUAAAAUCAAAGAUGGGUACUGGGACCCAGGUCCUCGGGCUGACCCCUUUGAGGAUAUGCGGUACGUCUGGGGGGGCUUUGCUUACUUGCAAGAUGUGGUGGAACAGGCAAUCAUCAGGGUGCUGACUGGCACUGAGAAGAAAACUGGUGUUUAUGUGCAGCAGAUGCCGUACCCCUGUUAUGUCGAUGACAUCUUCCUGCGGGUGAUGAGCCGGUCGAUGCCUCUGUUCAUGACGCUGGCCUGGAUCUACUCCGUGGCUGUGAUCAUCAAGGGCAUCGUGUAUGAGAAGGAGGCGCGGCUGAAGGAGACCAUGCGCAUCAUGGGCCUGGACAAUGGCAUCCUCUGGUUCAGCUGGUUCAUCAGCAGCCUCAUUCCUUUGCUCGUGAGCGCCGGCCUGCUGGUGGUCAUCCUAAAAUUAGGAAACCUGCUGCCCUACAGCGACCCCAGCGUGGUGUUUGUCUUUCUGUCGGUGUUUGCUGUGGUGACCAUCCUGCAGUGCUUCCUGAUCAGCACACUCUUCUCCAGAGCCAACCUGGCGGCAGCCUGCGGGGGCAUCAUCUACUUCAUGCUCUACCUGCCCUAUGUCCUGUGCGUGGCGUGGCAAGACUAUGUGGGCUUCACGCUCAAGAUCUUCGUGAGCCUGCUGUCUCCUGUGGCUUUUGGGUUUGGCUGUGAAUACUUUGCCCUUUUUGAGGAGCAGGGCAUUGGGGUGCAGUGGGACAACCUGUUUGAGAGCCCCAUGGAGGAAGAUGGCUUCAACCUCACCACGUCAGUCUCCAUGAUGCUGUUCGACACCUUUAUCUAUGGAGUGAUGACGUGGUACAUCGAGGCUGUCUUUCCAGGCCAGUAUGGAAUACCCAGGCCCUGGUAUUUUCCGUGCACCAAAUCCUACUGGUUCGGUGAGGAAAGCGAUGAGAAGAGCCACCCCGGUUCCAGCCAGAAGGGAAUAUCAGAAAUUUGCAUGGAGGAGGAACCCACACACCUGAAGCUGGGCGUGUCCAUUCAGAACUUGAUGAAGGUUUACCGAGAUGGCAUGAAGGUGGCUGUUGAUGGCCUGGCCUUGAAUUUCUAUGAGGGCCAGAUUACCUCCUUCCUGGGCCACAAUGGAGCUGGGAAGACCACCACCAUGUCAAUCCUGACGGGGUUGUUCCCUCCCACCUCGGGCACUGCCUACAUCCUGGGAAAAGACAUUCGCUUUGAGAUGAGCACCAUCCGGCAGAACCUGGGGGUCUGUCCCCAGCACAAUGUACUGUUUGACAUGCUGACUGUGGAAGAACACAUCUGGUUCUAUGCACGUCUAAAGGGGCUCUCAGAGAAGCAUGUGAAAGCAGAGAUGGAGCAAAUGGCCCUGGAUGUUGGUUUGCCUCCCAGUAAACUGAAAAGCAAAACGAGUCAGCUCUCAGGUGGAAUGAAGAGAAAGCUGUCUGUGGCUUUGGCCUUUGUUGGGGGAUCCAAGGUUGUCAUUCUGGAUGAGCCCACAGCUGGCGUGGACCCUUACUCCCGCAGGGGAAUAUGGGAGCUACUGCUGAAAUAUCGACAAGGCCGGACCAUUAUUCUUUCCACACACCACAUGGAUGAAGCAGACAUCCUGGGGGACAGGAUUGCCAUCAUUUCCCAUGGGAAGCUGUGCUGUGUGGGCUCCUCCCUGUUUCUCAAGAACCAGCUGGGAACAGGCUACUACCUGACCCUGGUCAAGAAAGAUGUGGAAUCUUCCCUCAGUUCCUGCAGAAAUAGCAGUAGCACUGUGUCAUACCUGAAGAAGGUGGUGCCUGAGCUUCCCCCAGCUGGGCAGAGUGGAGGCAGAGGAGGAGAGGUGCAGAGGCUGGUGGCGCUGACUCAAGAUGUAUCCGCUAUCUCCAACCUCAUCAGGAAGCAUGUGGCUGAGGCCCGGCUAGUGGAAGACAUUGGGCAUGAGCUGACUUAUGUGCUGCCCUAUGAAGCUGCAAAAGAGGGGGCCUUUGUGGAACUCUUCCAUGAGAUUGAUGACCGGCUCUCAGACCUGGGCAUCUCUAGUUAUGGCAUCUCAGAGACUACGCUGGAAGAAAUAUUUCUCAAAGUGGCUGAAGAGAGUGGGGUGGACGCUGAGACUUCAGAUGGCACCUUGCCAGCAAGACGAAACAGACGGGCCUUUGGGGACAAGCAAAGCUGUCUUCGCCCAUUCACUGAAGAUGAUGUCAUUGAUCCUAAUGAUUCUGAUGUAGACCCAGAAUCCAGAGAGACAGACCUGCUCAGCGGGAUGGACGGCAAAGGCUCCUACCAGGUGAAGGGCUGGAAACUCACACAGCAGCAGUUUGUGGCCCUUCUGUGGAAGAGGCUGCUGAUUGCCAGACGGAGUCGGAAGGGAUUCUUUGCUCAGAUUGUCCUGCCAGCUGUGUUUGUCUGCAUUGCCCUGGUGUUCAGCUUGAUUGUGCCACCCUUUGGCAAGUACCCCAGCCUGGAGCUUCAGCCCUGGAUGUACAACGAACAGUACACAUUUGUCAGUAAUGAUGCUCCUGAGGACAUGGGCACCCAGGAACUCUUGAAUGCCCUCACCAGAAACCCUGGCUUCGGGACCCGAUGUAUGGAAGGAAACCCAAUCCCAGACAUGCCUUGCUCAGUGGGGGAAGAGGAGUGGACCACCGCCCCGGUUCCCCAGACCAUCACGAAACUCUUCCAAAGUGGGAACUGGACGAUGGAGAACCCCUCACCCGCCUGCCAGUGUAGCAGCGACAAAAUCAAGAAGAUGCUGCCUGUGUGUCCCCUGGGGGCAGGGGGGCUGCCUCCUCCACAAAGGAAACAGAACACUGCAGACAUCCUUCAGAACCUGACGGGAAGAAACAUUUCGGAUUAUCUUGUGAAGACCUAUGUGCAGAUCAUAGCCAAAAGUUUAAAGAACAAGAUCUGGGUGAAUGAGUUUAGGUACGGAGGGUUUUCUCUGGGUGCCAGUAAUUCUCAUUCACUUCCUUCAAGUCAAGAAGUUAAUAAUGCCAUCAAGCAAGUGAAGAAACACUUGAAGCUGGCCAAGGACAGUUCUGCAGAUCGAUUUCUCAGCAGCUUGGGAAGAUUCAUGACAGGACUAGACACGAAAAAUAACGUCAAGGUGUGGUUCAACAACAAGGGCUGGCAUGCCAUCAGUUCUUUCUUGAAUGUCAUGAACAAUGCCAUCCUCCGGGCCAACCUGCAGAAGGGAGAGAACCCCAGCCAGUAUGGGAUUACCGCUUUCAAUCACCCUCUGAAUCUCACUAAGCAGCAGCUCUCAGAAGUGGCUCUGAUGACUACAUCAGUGGAUGUCCUUGUGUCCAUCUGUGUCAUCUUUGCAAUGUCCUUCGUCCCGGCCAGCUUUGUGGUGUUCCUGAUCCAAGAGCGGGUCAGCAAAGCAAAACACCUGCAGUUCAUCAGUGGAGUGAAGCCUGUCAUCUAUUGGCUCUCCAAUUUUGUGUGGGAUAUGUGCAACUAUGUGGUCCCUGCCACGCUGGUCAUUAUCAUCUUCAUCUGCUUCCAGCAGAAGUCUUACGUGUCCUCUACCAACCUGCCUGUGCUAGCCCUUCUACUCUUGCUGUAUGGGUGGUCGAUCACACCUCUCAUGUACCCAGCCUCCUUCGUGUUCAAGAUCCCCAGCACAGCGUACGUGGUCCUCACCAGCGUGAACCUCUUCAUUGGGAUCAACGGCAGCGUGGCCACUUUUGUGCUGGAGCUAUUCACCAACAAUAAACUGAAUAACAUCAAUGAUAUCCUGAAGUCUGUAUUCUUGAUUUUCCCACAUUUUUGCCUGGGACGGGGGCUCAUCGACAUGGUGAAAAAUCAGGCAAUGGCUGAUGCCCUGGAAAGGUUUGGGGAGAAUCGUUUUGUUUCACCACUGUCUUGGGACUUAGUGGGACGAAACCUCUUUGCCAUGGCUGUGGAAGGGGUGGUGUUCUUCCUCAUCACUGUUCUGAUCCAGUACAGAUUCUUCAUCAGGCCCAGACCUGUAAAUGCAAGGCUUCCUCUGUUGAAUGAUGAGGAUGAAGAUGUGAAGCGGGAAAGACAGAGAAUUCUUGAUGGUGGAGGACAGAAUGACAUCUUGGAAAUCAAGGAGCUGACAAAGAUCUACAGAAGAAAGAGGAAGCCCGCUGUUGACAGGAUUUGCGUUGGCAUUCCUCCUGGCGAGUGCUUUGGACUUCUGGGAGUUAAUGGGGCUGGGAAAUCAUCAACUUUCAAGAUGUUAACUGGAGAUACCACGGUUACCAGAGGAGAUGCUUUCCUUAACAAAAAUAGUAUCUUAUCAAACAUCCACGAAGUGCAUCAGAACAUGGGCUAUUGCCCUCAGUUUGAUGCCAUCACGGAGUUACUGACUGGAAGAGAGCACGUGGAGUUCUUUGCCCUCUUGAGAGGAGUCCCAGAGAAAGAAGUUGGGAAGGUUGGUGAAUGGGCAAUUCGAAAACUGGGCCUCGUGAAGUAUGGAGAAAAAUAUGCUGGUAACUAUAGUGGAGGCAACAAACGGAAGCUCUCAACAGCCAUGGCUUUGAUUGGCGGGCCUCCUGUAGUGUUUCUGGAUGAACCUACCACAGGCAUGGAUCCCAAAGCCCGGAGAUUCCUAUGGAAUUGUGCCUUAAGUAUUGUCAAGGAAGGGAGAUCAGUAGUGCUUACAUCUCAUAGUAUGGAAGAAUGUGAAGCGCUGUGCACUAGGAUGGCAAUUAUGGUGAAUGGGAGGUUCCGGUGUCUUGGCAGUGUCCAGCAUCUGAAAAAUAGGUUUGGAGAUGGUUAUACAAUAGUUGUACGAAUAGCAGGGUCCAACCCUGAUCUGAAGCCUGUCCAGGAGUUCUUUGGACUUGCCUUUCCAGGAAGUGUUCUCAAAGAGAAGCACCGGAACAUGCUCCAGUACCAGCUUCCAUCCUCAUUAUCUUCCCUGGCUAGGAUAUUCAGCAUCCUUUCCCAGAGCAAAAAGCGACUCCAUAUAGAAGACUACUCUGUUUCUCAGACAACACUUGACCAAGUAUUUGUAAACUUCGCCAAGGACCAAAGUGAUGAUGACCACUUAAAGGACUUGUCAUUACACAAAAACCAGACAGUAGUGGAUGUUGCAGUUCUCACAUCUUUUCUCCAGGAUGAGAAAGUGAAAGAAAGUUAUGUAUGAAGAAUGCUGUUCAUGCAGAGUGACUGAAAGAAAGGAGGAACUAGCUCUCCCUUUGCACCAUGUGAAGUGUUCCAGAAGAAAGAGCUGGAUGUUUUUGUGGGAAGAAGUAAACUGGAUACUGUACUGAUACUAUCUUCAAUGCAAUGCAGUUCAAUGCAAUGAAAACAAAAUUCCAUUACAGGGGCAGUGCCUUUGUAGCCUAUGUCUUGUAUGGCUCUCAAGUGAAAAAGACUUGAAUUUAGUUUAUUACCUUAUUACCUAUGUGAAACUCUAGUAUGGAACCCAGUGGACAUAUGGGUUUGAAAUCACACUUUUUUUUUGUUCCUUUGUAUUCUCACUGGGGUUGCAACAAUAAUUCAUCAAGUAAUCAUGGCCAGUGAUUAUUUAUCAAAAUCAAAAGGCAUGUACAUCUUCAUUCAUUAUGCCGUGCCAUGCCAGGAGACUGGUUUCCUGGUGACACAUCCAUUGCUGGCAAUGAGUGUGCCAGAGUUACUAGUGCCAAGUUGCGCAGAAAGCCUGAAGGACCAUGGUGUGUCAUGCGCCCUUUUGCGAGAGCUGCUCUGCUUCAGAGUCUAUCAGCAUCGUAAUCAGGUGACAUAAUGGUGCCAUGUGUGGGAAAGGCCUGCAUUGAUUCCCUCUUUGAUGAGCUGCUGUGGUGGAGGUAACAUGCAAGUUGUGGGUGGCUCAAGACAGGUGAGACUUAGUUCCAUUCUUAUGUUGUCCCUUGCUUGGAGCCAUGGGUCUCCGGGGGUCAUUUUUCUGGGACUUUUUAAAGAAACUAAGAUCCUGGAAAGAAGCCAAGAGCAGCCAAAUUGUUGAGGCUGCAAGCUGCUGAGGCCAGGUCAUGGGAGUAAAGAGAUGGCGUGUUCAAACCUAGGGAGGCCUGUGUCCAUUUGUCCUGGUUGUCUGUUAACACGGUACAUUGCAUCUCAAGAUCUUCCUGUUUGACAGAAGUGUAGUAUUAUUUCUGGCUUUUUAAAUUAAUCUAGAAUAUGAAAAGAUGGAAUUGUAUUUUGACAAAAAUCUUUGUACUUUUAACGUUAUUUGGAAUUUUUAAUUCUGUCAGUGACUUGUGAAUCCUUGGAAUGGCCUCUUUGUAGAACCCGUGGCAUAGAGGAAUAUGGCCUCACUGCUUCACUAGCUAUUUCUUAUGGAAGCCUGCAGGUGUAUCCUCUGACUAGUGCCUAGUGACUAGAAAAUAAGGUGAUGGUCAAGAUCUCAUGACAAUACUAUAUUUGAGUUUAAGGUCAUCAUUUAAAAUAUUCUUAAUCUCAGUUUAUUAAGUAUUUUUUGAGUGUAUAUUAUAGCUGAAUUGAGUAUGUAUGUAUGUAUGGAUUGGGUGGGGAGAAAUUAAGUCUCAGUAGAUAAUCCCUGUGCCAUGUUAUUCAGCUAACAGGUUUACAAAUAAUAGGUUGUUUUGUUGUUGUGAGAGCCCAGUGAAGGAAUACUGGGCAGCUUUUUUUUUUUUUUUUUUUUUAAAUAGCAACAGUGCAAAAGCCAAAAAAGUUUAACUGUCAUAAGGGUCUCACGACUAAAUAAUGAGUACUUUCACAAAGAAGAUCACUAGCUUCAAAACUUGAGUAAUGCAACUUGUGCUUAAGGCGUUUAGUACCCUCAAAUAAUUGGCUUUGAAGAUCUUAGACACCCCAUUCUGACAAUCUCAAAAUUUUCAUCUCCUCAAUCCUGAAUCUGUUAUGAAAAAAAUAAAAACAGCAAAUGCCCACACAUGGAAUAUAUUUCAGACGUUUCCGACCCAGUCUUUUUUUUAGUCAGUAAACAUUUUAAAAAAUAUUAUUUCACUAAUGCCUAAUGUGAUCUGCCUUAAGACAACAAAAAUAUGAGGGAAGUACUUUUGGGUGAAGUUCAAGCCGUCUUUCAAUGUUAUUACUGAUUUCUUCUUUUUCUACAAUUUAAAUAUUAACUCUAAAGGUGUUAAGAUUUCAGAUCUAUUUCAAAUCUAUAUUUUUUAAAAUUUAUAGAAAGUUAUCACAUAACUUGUUUGGAAAAAGAAAAUGACUUAGAAAUUAAUGUCAUUAUUUUCUAAAAUGAUAAACAGGUAAUGAAGGCCUAGUUCCAGUAACCAUUGGCAUGAUGAGGUGAUUAUAUUUUGUGCUAUCUCUAAUAAGAUUCAUAAUUUAUUUUCUCACUGUUUAAUAUUUUUAAAAAUCAAACUUUUGUUAGUUUUCCCAAUUCACUAUUAUCAUGUUCUAAUUCUCUAUUAAAUCAGUGAAUAGCUAGCUCUUGGCUUUAAUUACUCUGACUUCAAGGUCACAUUGAAAAAAAAUCAAAAGACACUGUGAACUGUUGUGAAAAAACAAAAAAAAAACAUUUCAAUAUAGAUUUUAAAAAGAUCUCUUCUGAAGCUAGGAACAAUCUACAGUUACACACUGACUUUGUGGUUACAUUUUAGACUAUCCAGAUAGUAUUUUACAUUUUCCUUUGUAAACCUAAUCGUAGUAGAAAUUUUUUACCAAUUCUCUACUCAAGUAAAAAUUCUAUAUAUUCCCUGUGGAAAUGUAAGUAUGUGAGGUUCAAAAAUUCUCAAAAGUGUUCAAAGAUUGCUGCUUUUGCUUCUUUUGGACAACUUGGAAACUUUAUUAACAACUGUGAAUGUGAAAAAUACAAAAGAAAACAGUAACAAAGCCCUGUAUACAGUAAACAUCCAGCACAGUUCAUUGUUAAAAAACAGCCAAACCUCAAACUACUGUAUUUCAAUCUGUACUGAAAGCAUGUUCAUUGUGACUAUUAUAUGUUGCACAUCCUUCAUUCACUGUAAUCAUUGAUGAAAGGGAUUUGUCUGUUUUCUUCUCGUGGUUGUAUAUAUCAGGUAAAUUUUCUUCCAAAGAGCCAUGUGUCCUAUGUAAUAAUGAACCACUUUGAUAUGAAAAUAUUAAUUUGUACCCUUAGAACAAUUUACUAGUCAUGAUAUAGUACUAUAGUAAGAUGGCUCUAAUUCUCUUCAAAAUUGUUGCAUCCCUUUUAUAGAAUGUUUAUAUUUCCAUAAGGAUUAAGUUUUCUCUCUUCUUAUACCCUAGGAUGAAGCUAUGUUUUUUUGUGCUUUUUCUUUAUCAUUGGCCCCUUCAUUCCGAGCACUUUAUGCUGUCUCUAAUGGGAUCUAUUUUUGCACUGGAAUAUCUGAGAAUUGCAAAACUAGACAAAAGUUUCACAACAGAUUUCUAAGUUAAAUCAUUUUCAUUAAAAGGAAAAAAAAGAAAAAAAUUUUGUAUGUCAAUAACUUUAUAUGAAGUAUUAAAAAAACAUAUUUCUAUGUUGUAAUGAGUCACGAAAUAAAGCUGUGGCAGUUCUGCUGG